AUGUCGUCUUCUCCGCCUGGUUCGGGCUUUGCCUCAGGCGUUGGUCAUGGCGUUGACGAUCCAUCGUCCGUCGUCGUCGGCUCCGACCGCCAUCAGACACCUGCGCACGCGCACGCGCACACGCAUACUCAUACAGAUUCGGUAACUGAAUCGCAUGUUGACAAUGUCGCAAACAUAAGUGACCAAGAACAACAUCAACAGCGCUUCCAACAACAAUCAUCACCUCGAGAUAUCAUAUCAUCCUCCCCAACAAGCGUUCACCCUCUACUUCAGGUCGCAUCCGCUCCCCCGCAUUCUCGCUCGACCACUGCCGCCACAGCUGCCACCACCACGAGUCCAACGUCUGAGUCGCUUCCAUCGCCAUUGGGCAACUUCAACAAUCAAUCGCCCUCAACUACUGUACUCGCCGCAAAGGCCUACCAAGGCCCGGCAGAUUCUCCCUCAAGCAUGAUAUUCUCAGAUAUCUACAAGAGCCCGCGCUCGCCCAUCGCUAAGCUUCGACACCACUCUGUCCAGCUGCCGAAUCCACUGCCCGCCAAUACCCCGGACUGGUACGACGAUGACCACUCAGACCUCCUGAGCAAGGACAAGGUGAAGCAGAAGGAAGCCGUAAGGCGAUAUCUCGAAGCAAAGGUCAAAAACGACUGGGAUUUUUCAUGGCCCUCUCGCGUUGUUGAUCCGCCGCCAGCUGAAGGUGAUGUAACUGUGGUCAACACUACAUCAGAGUCACCUGAUGGCAUACACCCCGUGACUAGCCUGGAUGCUACAGAGCCUGCAAAGCCAGUCCAAGAUGAGACACGUGAAGACGGCGGUUAUCAAGUUGAUGAUUCGUCAGAGGACGAGGACGGAAGUGAUGCCGAAUCCACCUACAGCACUGUAUCUGAAGAUCCCAUUCGCUUUCGCGCACGUCUAGAUUGGACCUCGGACCUUUCCGACGAUGACGACGAGCCCGCUGUUUCGCGAUCACCUUUCCGAUUCGACAAUCCGAACAAUGUUGGUUCAACAAUUCAAGCUGCGGUUCAUACCAAACGCGCCAAGCGACGGAGAGCGGUUCGCAAGGAAAUGGAAUGGAACGAGGGACUCGCAUGCUUUGAGGCGCGGCGAACUGCAUGGACUGGCGCACGAACUGUCCGUGUCCGAGCCAAGCCAGCAACACCCCCUGCUGUGUCACCAUUAUCUCCCCGCCGUUUCUUUUUCCGUCGAUCCAUGUCGACAUCUCCCCCGAGCUCUACAAUUGCGUCGGCCUUGCCACCCCAGGUCAGUGAUGCCUCUGACAAUUCGUCACUAGCAAGAAGCGACGAGCUGCGCAAUGCCCGGUCCAAGGACACGACACCAUCGACACCAUCUGAUAGCCGAAACUACCCCGUCGAGGUUUUGCUUCCUCUUGCGCCACCUCUCCUUCCUCCAAACAACCCUCUCCGUGCGUCUAUUACACCUUCUGUAUAUCUCAGCCUUUACGACAAGGUCAUCAUUCACAGCCUCCAGCCUUCAUGCCCCAUCAACCUCUCUGACAUGCUGCGAGCCUGCGUCACGGGCUGGAAGCGCGACGGCGAGUGGCCUCCUCGGCCAACAAUGGCUCCUACCCCCGUCGCAAAGAAGAAGAAGCCCAAGAAGGCCUCGAACCCAUCAGAUAAUUCGGGCAGCACCGUUCGCCGAAUGAGCUUUGGUCUACUGGGUCGUGAUAAGGAUGACACAACAGGUGGGAAGGGCAUUCGCCGCAGCCUUGUUCGCGCUUUCGGUAUCGGAGAAGCCGCAGACACACCCAAGUAA